CUCUCUCCCUCACACACACACACGAUGUGAGUGAGUGCCAGCUCGGUGCACGGAGCCAGCGAACAGCGGCAGAGCCGAGUGCCCCAGCGGCAGCCACUUGCGGACAGACCGAGCAUCGGCGGCCCCCGUUGCUUCCUCUCCGCCCUCGCCCACCAGAGAAAAAAAAACUUGCCCGCAGAUCCCCCGCCGGCGGCGCUGACCAAACCUCCCGCAUCCGGAUGGCCGGGAGCGGCAGCGCCGACAUCCCCGCUCCGAUUCCGCCUGCCAUCGGGAGCAACUUCCCAAGUUUCAGCGCGAUCUGCUUUUUCUGAAGACUUUUUUUGUGUGUGUGCGUGUUGUUGUGUCUUUUCUUUUCCUUCCUCCUCGCUUCCACCCCCCCUUUUCUCCCCUCAUUUUUUCUCUCAGUCGCGUAGUUUUUUUCUCCCUCUCUCUUGUUGGUCGGGACAGAAGAUCUAAACAGAUCUUGUGUGUGUGUGUUUAAAGAGAGAGAAAGAGAAAGUAUCAGUGGGAGCAUUAAAGGGGCCGCUGCCACCACUUUGUCUGAAGGAAUAUUACAGUAACACGAGAGAAAAUGGGCUUCACUCAUCUUAAGGGAGGUGGAUUGGAGGAUGCAAAGUGUUUUUGUUAAGAUUUUGACUUAAUUCAAACAAAAGGGAACCCAAGACUUUUUUUAUAUCGCAAUCUCUUUGGGAAAAGGAAGAGAAAUCCGGGGACAAAAAAAGAAACUUGUCAACAUUGUGUGCUGGGAGGGUUAGGAUGGGGGAUUAUAACAUGCCCCCAAACCCGAAGCACAGCGCGAUCGUGGAGAGGUUGAGGCAGCGGAUCGAGCUCUGCCGUCGGCACCACGCAGUCUGCCAGGUCCGCUACGAGCAGAACCAGCCGCAGCGCAUCGAGCAGGAGCGAAGGGACAAACUCGCCCUGCACCAGAAGUACCUGGAAACACGCAGCAAAAAGACUCCCAAAGCCAAACAGCAGCAACAACAUGAAAGCAGCCGGGCUACCAAAAACUGCGACAGUGAACAGCCCCCAGGACCUAACGCACCCAGUGAACACAGGAAUCUCACCUUGAUCGCUUUGCAGGGUUCUAUAAAGAGAAAGCUGGAAGGAAAUGGUUCACCUGUCAGCAACGAAAGACAAAAUGGUAUCUCAGAUGGGCCUUUCCAAAUGGAUAUUAAGAGAAUACGAGUGGAUGACGGUGGGCUUGCAAUAGGCCAAAGUGGGCAUCAACUCAGCAAUGGACAAGGCCAAAACAUGCAGGUUUCGGUCACAAUGGGACCUGCAACUUCAGGAAAAGACAGUGGCUUGAUAGGAAGCACUCAGGCCAAUGGUGGUGAUGUCAGUUCUGGGUUCAACUUGCCACUCAACAAGGAGAUGAAACAGGAGCCAGUGGAGAGUGUUUCAUGCACUGAGAAUUUAAACAACCAAAUCUCCAGCAGCAGUAUGUUAUUCGAACCCAAAGAUGAUCUAGGAAUGCAGCUGCUGGAUCCAGAUUUGCAAGAUUUAUUUGAUGAGUUAACAAAUAUUUCAGGUGUUCCUCCACUGAGUGAUAUUGAUCUGGACAACAUGUUAAACCCCAGCAUUAGGAAUGAAGAAUCAUUCAACAUGGAUCUUGGCCAACCAAACCAGAGCGGUACACCGAAGCCACACUCACAGUUGGAAAAUCCAACAGUGAAAACUGAAUACUCACCUGGUUUUACCCAGGCACCAGUAGGGUCACCCCAAAUGCGGCCUCCUUCCGCUGGGCCGCCAUAUUCCAUGACAAAUGCAACUAUGUCCACUCCUUCACCCAUCUCAUCAGCACCUCAAAGUCAAAACCAGCCACAGCAGUCUUUACCUUCUGCAACAAACAGAGCCCUGUCCAAUUGGCACGACAUGUCUCAUGCACAGCAGCUGAAAAAGAUUGCGGACAACCGGCAACAGCACGCUAUGCUCCAACACCAACAGCAAAAUCAGUCAUCUAGCUGGCCACCUGCUCCACAGUCAGGUUCUUCAUCAGGAAAUUUUGGCCAGGAGAAAAUACCCAGUCCCUCCCUGCACCAACAACCCUUCAGUCCCCAAAAUUCUCUGCUUACUGGGGUAUCAACCAACAGCAGUCAGGCCAAAAACAUGAAUAACUGCCUCUACAAGACCCCAACUGCAGCACAGACUAGCCACAUGGAUAUGAUAAUUCACCAGCAGCAGCAGCAGGCUCAUAACAUAAAUCGCAGCAUGAUGAAUACCAAUUCUGCAUCACCAGACCAACUUUCUUACAAUAAUACUAAACCCUUGUCUCAUUUUGAUCCAGAGUCAGGUCAGAUCUCUUCAAUAUUGGGUUCCCAGAGCAAACCUUCUGUCUUGCAUUACACUCAGCAACAGCAGCCUUCAGCACCAAUGCAGCAGCAGCAGCCACCACCAACGGGUCACCUCCAAAAUCAGGCAUUGCAACGGGCACAGAGCAUGCCAAUUGCGCUGCAACAAAAGAUGCUGCUGCAGAAGAUGCAACAAAACCAACAGUCUUCAGGGGUGCAGUAUCCUCUGGCCCAACACCGACAGGAUCAGAAUUCUCUGGUGAGGCCAGGUCCAGGUCCAAGCCAAACUUCAAAUACCUGUCCAAACCCGAAUCCUGGCAACAGCUACAUUAACAAUUCACAUCAGGCUGUGUUAAAGCAGCAGCUGAUGGAGAAGAAACAGGUCAUGCAGAGGCAGAUGAUAGAGCAUCAGAAACAGCUGCUGCUUCGUCAACAAAUCCUGACAGACCCGGAGAAAAUGAACACACAGGAUCAACUUAGCAGACAUUUGACAAGGCCGCCUCCAGAUUAUAAAGAACAAAGACGAAAUCUGGUUGGAAUCCCACAACCAAGUCAAUAUCCAGGUGCAAUGGGAUUGAACUCCUCUCAGCCUCUGUCAAACCCUGCUCCAAAUCACCGGGUAAUGCCUGCAAGCUCUAGCCUUUUGCAGGUAAAUCCAUCAAGCAGUCAAGGACCGAGAAUGCCUCCUAUAUCAGGAGCUCAAAGUGACAGAAGCAUAGGAAUAUAUGGAAGUGUGUCAGCUUCCCAGCAGGGAGUAUAUACCGUUUCUUCGAGUAUUAAUCAACUGCAGCAUCACACAAGUCAAAGUCAAAUGGGAAUGACCCAGAACAACGUAAUGAUGCCAAGGCAGGCAACAUUAGGUCAAGGGACCACAAUGUCUGGGUUUGGCACUGGGUCCGUUGGGAGUUCUGCCAUGUCACAGCAGCAGUUGAGACCGGUUUUGAACCACAUAAACACAAAUAUGUCUGCACAGAGACUUACAAAUAUGAUGACCAACUCCACUAUGGCGGCACAGAACUGGACACCCCAGGGGGUGCAGGUAACUCCAAAACAGACACAACUGGGACCUAAUGUAAGGUUCUCUAAUAACCCUUCCUUCUCAAAUCAGUCUGUGCAACCUACUAUGUCCAAUCAACAUUUCGCUCAGCGAGGCAUGGCACCACCAAACCAGAUAGCUCCAGGGGUUCAGAUGCGACCUUUGAACCAAAUGAACCAAGCUAUAAGUGGACAGACAAUAGGCUCGCUGAGUGGGCCAUCUCCAAGAGCUAAUCAGCCACGGCCACAGCCACAAGCUAUGUCUGUAAUGAGCCAGUCAGCAGCAACAAUGGCUGUAAUCAGCCAGGCGCCUUCAGUGCAAACAUUGCCCACAACCAAUUUUCCUUCCACCAACCAGACUCCUCGAGGUUACCAGGGAACAAAUCACAACAGUGACUUGGCAUUUGACUUUCUCAGCCAACAAGGUGACAAUGCACUGUCUGGACUCAGCAGUGACUCUGAUUUCCUUGACUCAUUGAUAAAAAAUAGCACUGGCAACGAUGACUGGAUGAAGGACUUGAAUCUUGAUGAAAUUUUGGGGCAGCAUUCAUGAAAAAGUCUUGAGGAUUGGUAAAUAUUAUCCAUCUUUUGGAGAAGUACUGAUGGACAGAAUUUAUCUGUGCCUAUAACCAGCUGGCAAAGAGCCCACAACAAAUCGCAGGUGUGCACAGUUGUGCCCGAUUAGAUACAGUUUGCUGAAUGGAUUAGCAGUGUAAAGACAUACCAGUGCAUCCUUUCCACCAAGUGUAUAUUACUGGGCUCAAAAUACAUAGAUUUUAUGUGCUUAGACAAAAGAAGUUUUGUAAAAUAUGUUUUUUACUGAAAAUCAUAUUCUCUGUAAGAAGAUUAUAUUUAUACUUUUUUUCUGAAAAAAAUUCUGUGAAUCAUUGUAGUGAAACAUUUUUACUUACAAAAAUUAAAUUGUACAUGUUUGUUUUCUGUCAUAGUUUUAAAUUGACAUAUGUUAGAUCAGCAGUCUACUUAUUAUCAGUUUCAAAUGCAUACAGUAGUUGCCUUUUAAAGUGUUUUACAGUAUAGUUAUUGUUUUAUAAAUGACCUGUUCUGGUUUCAUUGAUUUACAUUUAUCCAUUGUGAACUUCUGUGGCAUAAGUUGCUGAUAUUUUAAUUAUAAAUUCCAUUAUCAUUCUGCCACUUCAGCUUGUUUGUGAGUGAAACAGUCUACAUGGGACUUCAGUGUCACUGUUUCCAUUUUAUUAUGAAGAAAUGAUGUGUUUGUCAACCAUAAAUGUUUAUCAGCCCAGGCUAUGUUAAAGAGCCUCUACUUGUCUAGAUACAAACCUGAAGCGUAGGUGACAUUCCAGCCUGCUGGAAUAUAUUGUUUGAGCUUCUUUAGUUUUCAGCUUGGCGAUGUGGUGGAAUCUUGAACACAUUGAUGCCUCCCAAAUCUUUUCCCAUCUUUCCCAGAACUUCAUGUUUGAAUCCGUUCAAUUAGGUUUCAGCACCACUACAGUACCAAAACAGCUCUUAUCAGUCAUGAAAGACAUCCAAUAUGACUGUUACAAAGAUAAACUCUCCCUCCUUGUCCUUUUCGAAGUGUCUGCAGCUUUUGACAAGGUUGACCAUACCAUCCUCCUCCAACACUUCUCCGGUAUUGACCACUUGGGUAGGACUGCUCUCACCUGGUUCCAUUCUUAUCUAUCUAAUUGUACCAAGUGAAUCACUUGCAAUGGCUUCUUCUUCGCACUGUUACCUCUAGUGUCCCCCAAAGAUCUAUUCUUGGCCCCCUCCUAUUUCUCGUCUACAUGUCGUACCUCGGUGACAUCAUCCAAAUGCACAGCGUUAGUUUUCACAUGUAAGUUGCCGACAACUAGCUCUACCUCACCACCAGCUCUCUUGAAUCUUCCUCUAUAGCUAAUCUAUCAAAUUGCUUAUCCAACAUCCAGUAUUGAAUGAGCAGAAAUUUCCUCCAGUUAAAUACAAGGAAGACUGAAGCCAUUGUUUGUAGCUACUGCUCCAAAUUCAGUUCCCUAGCUACUGAUUCAGUCCCUCUCCCUGGUAACAGUCUGAGAUCAAGCCAGUCUGAGUGCAACCUUGGUGAUCCUGAGAUGAGCUUCUGACCUCAUAUUCACGUCAUCACUAAGGCCGCCUAUUUCCACCGCCUCAACAUGACCUGACUUCACCCCUCUCUCAGUUCAUCUGCCGCUGAGUCUCUUAUUAAUGACUUGCUCACCUCCAGACUUGACAAUUCCAGUGGCCUCCCACAUUCUACCUUCGGUAAAUUUGAGGUCAUCUGAUUCUCUGCUAUCUGUGUCUUAAUUUACACCAAGUGGAAUAUAUUGUUUGAGCUUCUUUAGUUUUCAGCUUGGUGAUGUGAGUACACCUGUGCUCACUGACCGACAUUUGCUCCUGGUCAUGCAAUAUCUUGAUUUUAAAAUUCUAAUCCUUGUUUCCAAAUCCCUCCAAGGCCUCACUCCUCCUUUUCUCUGUAAUCUCCCCCAGCGCUAUAACUCUCUGUGAUAUCUGCAUUCCUCUAAUUCUGGCCUCUUGAGCAUCCCCAAUUUUAAUUGCUCCACCAUUGGUGGCUGCAUCAUCAGUUGCCUAGGCCCUGAACUCUGGAAUUCCCUCCCUACACCUCUCUGCCUGUCUACCUCACUUUCUUCCUUCAAUACACUCCUUAAAACCUACCUCUUUGACCAAGCUUCUGGUUAUCUGACCUUACAUAUCCUUUGUGACUCAGUGUAUUAUGUUUAGUUUUAUAUUGCUCCGGUAAGGCGCCUUUGGGAGUUUUGAUAUGUUAAAGACACUGUAUAAAGAUAAGUUCUUGAUACUGUUGGUGCAGUCAAUCUGAGAAAUGCAAUGUCCUUAAAAUUUUGAUUUCAGCAGUUGUGCUUCCAAAGAUCCUAUCCUAUGGAGCAGGACUAUUGCUCGUUUGACAGAGUUCUUCCCGGUUUGAAGGUUUAAUGCGGAUAUGAGACACCUUAGAAAGCGGGUUUGAGAAGAUGGUUGUAAGUUGUUGUGCAAAAUGUUUUGUGGAUUCAUGGUAGUGCAAAGUGUAUUUUUCUAACAUAAUGGUGACACCGAAGGGCUGGUUAGCUCAGCUGGUUGGAGUGGGUCCAUAAUAACGCCAGCACCAUCUAUUCAAUCCCUGAACCAACUGAGGUAGUUCUUGGGACCUGCUUCUUCCCCUUGCCCCAAUGUGAUAUCAUGGGGUCAUAAUUAGCAUCCCAUGGAUACCAGAUGAAGAGAGAGAGAUUAAGGUGAGACCCUUAACCCUUGAUAAAUGAUACUAGUGCACAUAUUCAUCUGAUCCCAUGUUCUUAUUAAAAUAUGUUUCAAUUGAAUUGCAGUAUUAUUGUUUUUGUAUUUUCCAGGACAAUUAACACACCCCAUUUUCAAUCAAUAACUCAGUCAUAGUUCAUCAGAAAUAUUUAGGUGUUUAUAGAAACAUGGUGCUCUCACAGCAGAUUGAAAUGUUCUUCACAAUAAGUGAUGUAGUGAUCACAAAGGUCUUAAAGUCAAAUUCGCCUCAAUUGCCCAUAUUUUAUGCCCAAAGGUUGCAGAGAUAUAGAGAAUUCAAAGUGUGUUCUCUGGUUGAAUUUAGGCUACAAUAUUAGACCUUGUGAAAUUCAUCUGACACUGGCGCUUACCUAGGGUAAGCUUAUCUGGCUUAUCACCAGAUACAGGAUAAACAUGUCAUUUUCUACCACAACCUAAUAUCAAUGGUAAGAAAUGACAUUAUUGUACUUCUGCACGUGUUAAGAAAAAGUUUAUCCCCUUAAAGUAAGUUUAAUAUUGUUGAUAAAAUUAAACAGAGGAACAUAUCAACAUCAGAAACAAAGCAUUAGAAUUGUCAUUUUCAUUCUGCAUUUUUCAGUGCUGAGAUUAGGGGUGAAUAGAUUAAGACUGAAUUAGCUGGAGCCUGAGUGCUUCCUUUCUUAAAGCUGAACUGAAAACCAAUGGAGUAAUCUAAUCGUCCUUUGUUAUUGGGCCAUUUCAUAUCAAUUGUAAAUUAUUACUGUCACUUAUUCUGCUUGUGUUUUGAGUUAAGGUUAACCCCAUGAAAACAGUACUUUAAAAAAGUUUUCAGCUAGGUGGCUAAUGAUGUUGGUGUUUUUAAUUCAUGCCACAAGGUUGACUUGCAAACUGAAACAAUCAAUGAAUAUGACAGAACCAAGUCUUUUAGAUAUGCAGACCAUGAGGAAUGGUACUUUUGUAUAAUAGAUUUUGUAAAAGUUCUAUUGAAACAAUAUUAUUAUACUGCAUUUUGUAUUUUAUUGUAAUACAAUAUCUUGAAAUAUUUCCAAAUACACUACUGCAGAUGCAACAAGCAAUGUGUCAUGAA